GCAAUCCCCUCACCGCUCUCUCUCUCUCUCUCUCUCUCUCUCUCUUCAAAGUUUUACCCAAAAACCCCCAAUCGUUGUUUACUUCCCGAACACAACUGCUCGUUUAUAUAUGUGUGUUCCUAUAUAUAUAACCUUAAGAUACACAAAUAUACGAACACAUUGCAAUUAUUCAAAUUGAUUUGUAUCUGUAUUCUGUAUAUAGCAGCAGACUUCUUCCCUCUCAAGUCUCAUCUCUGGGUUUUUUGUUUCUCUAUCCACCCAAACACAGAAAAAAAAUAAAACCCCACAAAUUCGCUCCAAAUUCGUCUCAAAGGUAUUACAACUCCAUUCUAAUCGAUUGAAGAAUUCAUCUCAAAACCCAUUUCUUUUUUCAAUUUCUGGGUCUUCAACCGCUUGUUCUUUCCCUCAGGGGAUCAGAAGUCGAUUGGUGUUGAUAGCUUCUUCGAUUCAGUUCUCAUUCAACAGGAAUUUGGAGGGCAAUUGAGAUAAAGGGGAAUUGAGGAUGUUGGGAGAAUUCAUCACCAGAGGACUCAUUCUGGUUCUUGGAUAUGCGUACCCUGCGUUCGAGUGUUUCAAAACUAUGGAGAAGAACAAAGUCGAGAUGCACGAGCUUCGAUUUUGGUGUCAAUAUUGGAUCAUCGUGGCAGUGUUGACGGUCUUCGAGCGGGUCGUGGAUAUGUUCAUCUCGUGGUUGCCAAUGUACGGUGAGAUGAAGCUUGCCUUGAUUAUCUACUUGUGGUAUCCGAAGACAAAGGGAACUGGAUACGUGUACGAAACUCUAUUGCGACCUUACGUGUCGAUGCGUGAGUCGGAUAUUGAUCGGAGUUUGCGGGAGCUGCACGCCAGGGCAUGGGAUCUGGCCCUUUACUACUGGCAGAAUUGUACAAGCCUGGGGCAAACCAAAUUCUUCGAGAUUGUUGGGUUCAUCAGUGCUCAAUUUGGAAAGGUUACCAAGGCCAACAAUGAGACGGCUGACCAACAUUUGCAAAGGCUGGCUAACCAACCUCAACAGAACGGAAGGCACGACUACACACCUUCAGCUCCUCCUCUCUCUCCUCCCAGGUCUUCAUUCAGCCUAUUUCCUAAGCAACGCAAGCAACCCUCCGACCACCACAGGCGGCCGCCAAUGUCGCCACCCCCGGGCAAUGGAUACCAGUGAAUUAGAUUCCGGUGUCAACAAUAGGCUAAAUGGUUCCAAGGCCCAGAUUCUGGCGAUUCAAAGGAUUCCAUUGAAGAAUUGUAGAAAUAGAUAAAUGAAAAAACAUAUCAAAUUUAGUGUUCAUAGUAUCCUAAAAUACGGUAAUUCAUUUCAUUUUUUCGUUUCUUCA